UACUGCAGCUGCCUCCGAGAGAGAGAGAGGCCCGCAGAGGGAGGCGCGGGAGGCCGGCGGCGGCUCGGAACCCAAGAAGCAGCAAGGCCUGUGGAGCUUCAGGAGAGAGAGGAAGGCCCGCUCCUGUGCAUGGCAUGUGUAACAAGCUUUGGCAUUGGACGCAGCAGCGGGGGGGGGGGGGAGGAAACGGAAGAAGUGAAGGGGCGGAGUCCAGAGUCCAGAAUUGUUGGGGGAAGAGUCCGCAGGAACGGCCUGAGCUGCAGAAGAAGCCGGCCGCGGAGGGAGAGGGAGAGCCUCCAUUCCCUGCAGCCGGUCCCCUGGAUCUGGAGAGCGGGGCAAGAGGUCGGAAGCGCUGCCGGACACGUUGCACGUCCUCUUGGACCCGCAGCAGCACACUGACCCUGCGCCCAGCCCGGGAGGCUCCUCCUCACUGCCGGCGGAGCCCUUUGGAUCAAGAGGAAGCACUGUGACAACUGGAAGAUGAAAAAUGGGGGAAAGCCAGGUGAGGAUUGUUAGGAGGUGACCGAUGGAAAAAGAGAAACCAGAAGAGACUAAAACCUGGAGCAGAAGGGAAGAGCAGGAGUGGAUCACCUGCUUCUCAGCAUGAAAUCCAACACGUAAUGAAUGAAGAAAGAGUGAAAAGCCUGUGCCCUCCUCAUAGGAAAGGCUUGAGUCUUGAGCCAAGCUUUGAACCUCAGUGGGAAAUGCACACAGGGAAGAAAAUGUGUGAGAGCUUGGAGUUUGGAAAUGGGUUCAGCAGGGGUGGAGCUCUUACUCUGCACCAUAGAACCCACAGUGGGGAGAGAGCAUAUGAAUGCUUGGAGUGUGGAAAGAGGUUCCGCAGUAAUAGAGAUCUUACUGUACACCAUAGAAGCCACACUGGGGAGAAACCAUAUGAAUGCUUGCAGUGUGGAAAGAGGUUCAGCCACAGUGGAGCUCUUACACUACACCAUAGAAGCCACACUGGGGAGAAACCAUAUGAAUGCUUGGAGUGUGGAAAGAGGUUCAGCCGGAGUGGACAUCUUACAUUACACCAUAAAAGCCACACUGGGGAGAAACCAUAUGAAUGCUUGCAGUGUGGAAAGAGAUUCAGCAGUAAUAGAGAUCUUACUGUACACCAUAGAAGCCACACUGGGGAGAAACCAUAUGAAUGCUUGCAGUGUGGAAAGAGGUUCAGCCACAGUGGAGCUCUUACACUACACCAUAGAAGCCACACUGGGGAGAAACCAUAUGAAUGCUUGCAGUGUGGAAAGAGGUGCAGCAGUAAUAGAGAUCUUACUGUACACCAUAGAAGCCACACUGGGGAUAAACCAUAUGAAUGCUUGGAGUGUGGAAAGCGAUUCAGCAGUCAUAAACAACUUACUGUACACCAUAGAACCCACACUGGGGAGAAACCAUACGAAUGCUUGGAGUGUGGAAAGAAGUUCAGCCAGAGUGCACAUCUUACAGUACACCAUAGAAGCCACACUGGGGAGAAACCAUAUGAAUGCUUGGAGUGUGGAAGGAGGUUCAGCAGUAAUAGAGAUCUUACUGUACACCGUAGAAGCCACACUGGGGAGAAACCAUAUGAAUGCUUGGAGUGUGGGAAGAAAUUCAGCAGGGGUGGAGGUCUUACAUUACACCAUAGAAGCCACACUGGGGAGAAACCAUAUGAAUGCCUGGCGUGUGGAAAGAGGUUCUGCAGUAAUAGAGAUCUUACUGUACACCAUAGAAGCCACACUGGGGAGAAACCAUAUGAAUGCUUGGAGUGUGGAAAGAGAUUCAGCCAGAGUGGACAUCUUACAUUACACUAUAAAAGCCACACUGGGGAGAAACCAUAUGAAUGCUUGGAGUGUGGAAAGAGGUUCAGCCAGAGUGGAAAACUUACUGUACACCAUAGAAGCCACACUGGGGAGAAACCAUAUGAAUGCUUGCAGUGUGGAAAGAGGUUCAGCCAGAGUGGACAUCUUACAUUACACCAUAGAAGCCACACUGGGGAGAAACCAUAUGAAUGCUUGGAGUGUGGAAAGAGGUUCAGCCGGAGUGGACAUCUUACAUUACACCAUCGAAGCCACACUGGGGAGAAACCACAUGAAUGCUUGGAGUGUGGGAAGAGCUUCAACACUAGUAGACAACUAACUGUACACUAUAGAACCCACACUGGGGAGAAACCAUAUGAAUGCUUGGAGUGUGGAAAGAAGUUCAGCCAGAGUGCACAUCUUACAGUACACCAUAGAAGCCACACUGGGGAGAAACCAUAUGAAUUCUUGGAGUGUGGGAAGAAAUUCAGCAAUAAUAGAGAUCUUACUGUACACCAUAGAGGCCACACUUGUUAGAAACCAUAUGAAUGCUUGGAGUGUGUGAAGAGGUUCAGCAGAAGUGGACAACUUACUGUACACCAUAUAACUCACACUGGAGAGAAACCACACAGAUGUAUGGAGUGUGGAAAGAGCUUCAGCAGUAAUGGACAUCUUACUGUACACCAUAGAAUCCACACUGGUGAGAAACCACAUGAAUGUUUGGCGUUUGGAAAGAGAUUCAGCCAAAGUGGAAGUCUUAAACGACAUCUUACAACCCACACUGAGGAUAAGCCAUAGUCGGGACUAUGCAGACUAAUAAAUAGUAUAAAUCACACACAUGAAACUUCAGACAAGCCUGGGAAUGUUCCUCAUUUGUGUGAAAUAUAAAAUAUAAUGUGAUUUCUUCUUUUGAUUAUUUGUUUUUCCCUUGUUGCUUUUGAAGUGUUUUGGGAAGCAGUGUUGGCAGAUAUGUAUUUUACCUCCAGUGACUGUUGCUGGUGUCUGUCUUAUGUUUCUUUUAGACUGUGAGCCCUUUGGGGACAGGGAUCCAUCUUAUUUAUUUGUUAUUUCUCUGUGUAAACCACCCUGAGCCAUAAAUAAAUAUAAAUACUAUG